CCCUGCGCGGCGCCAUGGACGACCUGCGGGUGCUGUGGAUACGCGAUCGCGUGUACAAGGCCCUGGGCCUCACAGACCCCCAGCUCUUCGAGGAGCUGCUGUACCGCAACGACGGCGAGGUCGAGGAACUCAUCCUGCACUUCCUCAACCACACCAGCCACGAGGAGGGCGCCGCCACGCUCUUCUUCUACCGCACCGUGGUGCCCGAGGAGGUGCUGGUGGAGACCGAUGACGAGAUACCUGCCGCGUCUGAGAGGGAAGAUGAGGAAGAAGAGACUAGGUCUCAGAAUAUCGAUUCCGUGGAUCAAGUGUCAGCUAAGAGUUUGCAGCUGAGAGACAAUUCCAUCGGCAUCGAGAAUGAAGAAGUGAACAAAGAGCAUUUAGAAAGCCUGCCUACCAAGAAAAUGGUUAAGCGCAUCGUGGACAAGACGCAGCUCCAUGUUCUUUGUACUCCUGUUCCUGAGCAGUUUCUGGACCAGAAUGUGGUGUUUUUUCUCAGAAAUACAGAAGAGACAAUCUCGGAAGCCACCGACAUGAAGGAAACUAUGGAAAUUAUGCCCAAAAUGCUGGAGUACGGGAUUAUAAAUGCGAAUGUGCUUCAUUUGCUGAAGGGUCUUAUAUGUCAGGUUUUCUUGCCAGCUUUGUCCUUUAAUCAGCACAAGGAUGCAAGCAUGGCCUUCGUACCUGGAGAAAUCUCUGGCUCUUUUGACAUUGAAAGGGACCACCUACCUAACAUGCCUGGGGAAGCAGUAGAAUAUCAUAGCAGUCGGUUAAUACGGGAUGAAUUUUUAAUGAACAUCCAGAAAUUUGCAAGUAAUAUUCAGAGAACAGUGCAGCAACUUGAAGGUGAGAUCAAGUUAGAAAUGCCAAGCAUCAGCGUAGAGGGAGAGGUGUCUGUCCUGGCAGCUAACCUGGAAACCGUGGAAAUCUUGGAGCAAUGUGUGAUCAACUGGUUGACUCAGAUAUCCACGGCUGUUGAGGGACAGCUGAAAAAGACACCUCAGGGUUAUGGUCCUCUGGCAGAAAUUGAAUUCUGGAGGGAAAGAAAUGCAACUCUAAGUGCGCUGUAUGAACAAACAAAGCUUCCAAUAGUCAGAAAAGUCUUGGAUGUGAUCAAGGAAUCGGAGUCUAUGCUUGUGGCCAACCUGCAGCCAGUCUUAACUGAGUUAUUCAAGUUCCACAUGGAGGCUUCUGACAACGUGCGUUUUCUUUCCACUGUGGAGCGCCAUUUCAAGAACAUAACGCACGGAUCUAGCUUCCACGUUGUCCUGGAGACCAUCCCUUCCAUGAUGAGUGCGCUGAGGAUGGUGUGGAUCAUCUCGCGACACUACAACAAGGACGAGAGGAUGAUCCCGCUCAUGGAACGCAUCGCCUGGGAGAUCGCCGAGAGAGUCUGCCGAGUGGUGAACCUGCGGACUUUGUUCAAGGAAAACCGAGCAAGUGCACAACACAAAACCUUGGAGGCCAGGAACACCCUCACCAUGUGGAAAAAGGCCUAUUUUGACACUAGGGCCAAAAUUGAGGCCUCGGGGAGAGAAGCCCGGUGGGAGUUCGACCGAAAACGGCUGUUUCAGAGGACGGAUUACAUGGCCGUCAUCUGCCAGGAUCUGUAUGACAUCCUGCAGGUGAUAGAGGAGUUUUAUAACAUAUUUGGUCCAGAACUAAAAGCAGUGACGGGGGACCCCAAGCGCAUCGACGAUGUCCUGUGCAGGGUGGACAGCCUGGUCACGCCCAUGGAAACCCUGACCUUUGACCCCUUCAGCAUCCAGUCUGCCCAGUACUGGAAAUACGUGAUAGAUGACUUCAAGAUUGAAGUUCUGAUUAUUGAGAAAGAAGCAAAAAAUUUUAUUGAUGAAUCUUUUAAGACUCUUCGAUCAGCUGAAGCAGCGUUUGACAUGCUUUUAAAAUUUAAGCAUAUUCGUUCACGGGAGGCUGUUAACCGACAAAUGAUGAUGAAAUUUAAUGAUAUUCUUGCACAGUAUUGUAAAGAGAUUGACAUCGUUAAUAAAAUCUUUGUUCAGAACCUUGACAACCCGCCACUGUACAAGAAUCACCCUCCGGUAGCAGGUGCCAUCUACUGGGAGCGGUCUCUCUUCUUCCGGAUUAAGCACACCAUCCUUAGAUUUCAAGAAGUUGAGGAGAUCCUGGACAGUGAUCGAGGAAGAGAAGUAAAACAAAAAUAUUUGGAAGUGGGCAGGAUGAUGAAAGACUAUGAAGACAGCAAGUACCAGCAGUGGAAAGAGACAACACAACAGAUCCUGCCGAGUCUUAUGAAGAAGAGUCUGCUUACUAAGGUUUCUGCUAACACUGAAGUCGCUGCCAUCUCCGACAAGGGCUCUAUCUUUGCGAUCAAUUUUUCGUCUGCUCUCAGGGAGAUUAUUAACGAAACAAAGUACAUGGAACAGCUGGGAUUUCCUGUUCCCGAAUUAGCAAGGAAUGUUGCUCUCCAGGAGGACAAAUUUCUGAGGUACACAGAGGGAAUACAGCGGAUGCUGGAUUAUUAUCACUUGCUCAUAGGCACGUUAAAUGAGGCGGAAUCUCUUCUCCUCGAAGACCAUUCUCAGGAGUUAAUACGCGUGUUUAGAUCUGGAUAUAAGAGGUUAAACUGGAACUCACUAGGUAUUGCUGACUACAUAGCUCGGUGCAAGCAGGGCAUUGGGAAAUUCGAGUCCCUUGUCCACCAGAUUCAUAAGAAUGCAGACGACAUUGCUUCCAGGCUUACGUUAAUAGAGUCCAUAAAUCUCUUUAAAUAUCCAGCACCUAAAAAUGAAGAAGAACUGCCAGGUGUGAAGGAGUUCUUUGAGCACAUUGACCGGGAAAGGGCCAAAGAUGUGGACUACAUGCUCAGGUGGUAUCUUGCCGUUGGGCCCCUGCUGACCAAAGUCGAGGGCCUGGUCAUCCAAACCAACACAGGCAAGGCCCCCAAGUUGGCCUCCUACUACGAGUACUGGGAAAACAGGAUUUAUGAAGUCCUGACCAAGCUCAUAGUGAAGAAUUUGCAGUCUUUUAACUCUUUAAUUCUUGGGAAUGUCCCUUUGUUCCAAACGGAAACCAUUUUGACUGCACCCGAGAUCAUCCUUCAUCCCAAUGCAAAUGAGAUCGACAAAAUGUGCGUCCAAUGUGUCCGAAAUUGCGUGGAGAUCACCAAGCAUUUUGUUCGAUGGAUGAACUGCAGCUGCAUUGAAUGCCCUCCUCAGAAAGGGGAAGAGGAAGAAGUGGUUACAAUAAGCUUUUACAACGACAUUGCCCUGAACCCUCAGAUAAUUGAACAAGCUGUUAUGAUCCCCCAAAACAUCCACAGGAUUCUGGUCAACCUUAUGAAGUACCUACAAAAAUGGAAGCGGUACCGACCUCUUUGGAAACUGGACAAAGCCAUUGUGAUGGAGAAAUUUGCUGCCAAGCGACCUCCUUGCGUAGCGUAUGAUGAAAAGUUGCAGUUCUAUUCCAAGAUUGCCUAUGAAGUUCUGCGGCAUCCUUUAGUUAAGGACGAGCACUGCGUCCGGCUUCAGCUCGGGCCUCUGGCAAACACGGUGCAGGAGAACGCCAAGUCCUGGGUGGUUUCGCUUGGAAAACUUCUCAAUGAGUCAGCAAAGGAGGAGCUUUAUAAUCUUCAGGAAGAGAUCGAGAGCCUGACAAAAAGCCUCAAGAAGAGCCCCAGUACGCUUGAGGAUCUCAAGUUUGUCCUCGCAACAAUUGCAGAAAUUAAAAACAAAUCUUUAGUCAUGGAGCUGAGAUACAGGGACGUCCAGGAGAGGUACCGCACCAUGACCAUGUACAACCUCUCCCCUCCCGAUGCAGAGAGAGAACUGGUUGACAGGAUUGAGAGCAUGUGGUCCAGUCUGUUUAAUGAGGCCGUGCAUAUGGAACACAUGCUUGGGGGUAUAAAGAGAACUUUCACAGAGAUUACUCGAAGUGAAAUACUAAACUACAGGCAGCACAUAGAGGACUUUGCAAACCGUUUUUAUCAUGAAGGCCCUGGUUCUGUUGGUGAAGAACUUGAUAUCGGAAUAGAACUUUUAGCCACUUUUGAAAGAGAGCUGAUAAGACAUGAGAAGAACCGUCAGGAGCUGGCUAACGCGGAGAAACUUUUUGAUCUCCCAAUUACGAUGUACCCAGAGCUGCUCAAAGUGCAGAAGGAAAUGAACGGGUUGAAGCUGAUUUACGAGCUGUACAAAGGCCUGAAGCUUGCCAAAGAAGAAUGGUCUCAGACGCUGUGGAUCAACCUGAACGUGCAGUUUCUCCAGGAAGGAAUCGAAGGUUUUCUCCGAGCCCUCAGAAAGCUGCCCCGGCAGGUCCGAAGCUUGUCAGUGGCUUACUACUUGGAAGCAAAGAUGAAGGCCUUCAAAGACUCGAUUCCUCUACUUCUUGACCUGAAGCAUGAGGCACUUCGGGACAGGCAUUGGAAUGAGCUUAUGGAAAAAACAGGCGUGUUUUUUGAAAUGACCGACACGUUCACCUUGGAAAAUAUGUUUGCUAUGGAACUUGACAAACAUGCAGACAUUCUCAACGAGAUUGUAACAGCAGCUAUCAAGGAGAUCGCCAUUGAGAAGGCUAUGAAGGAGAUCCUGGACACGUGGGAAAAUACGAAAUUUACCGUGGUCAAGUAUUACAAGGGCACCCAGGAGCGGGGCUACAUCUUGGGAUCUGUGGAUGAAAUCAUCCAGUGCCUCGAUGACAACACUUUCAACUUGCAGAGCAUCUCAGGAAGCAGAUUUGUGGGGCCUUUCCUGGAAACUGUUCACAAAUGGGAGAAGACACUUUCUCUGAUAGGGGAAGUCAUUGAGAUUUGGAUGUUGGUUCAGAGAAAAUGGAUGUACCUGGAAAGCAUUUUUAUCGGUGGAGAUAUCAGAUCACAACUUCCAGAUGAGGCGAAGAAGUUUGACAACAUUGAUAGAGUAUUCAAGAAGAUCAUGGGCGAGACCUUAAAAGACCCCGUGAUCAAGAGAUGCUGUGAGGCCCCAAACCGCCUCAGCGACUUGAAGCACAUCAGUGAGGGCCUCGAGAAAUGCCAGAAGAGCUUAAACGACUACUUAGAUUCCAAGAGGAACGCCUUCCCCAGGUUCUUCUUCAUUUCCGAUGACGAGCUGCUCAGCAUCCUGGGAAACAGCGACCCGCUCUGCGUCCAGGAGCACAUGAUCAAGAUGUAUGACAACGUAGCGGCGCUGAGGUUUCAUGAUGGGGACAGUGGAGAAAAACUGGUGUCCGCCAUGAUUUCGGCAGAAGGGGAGGUCAUGGAGUUCCAGAAGAUCAUUCGGGCCGAGGGGCGUGUGGAGGACUGGAUGACGGCAGUUUUGAAAGAAAUGCGCAGAACUAACCGGCUGAUCACCAAAGAGGCUAUUUUUAGAUACUGCGAAGACAGAAGCAGAGUCGACUGGAUGCUCAUGUACCAAGGGAUGGUGGUGCUGGCCGCCAGCCAGGUGUGGUGGACCUGGGAGGUGGAAGAUGUGUUCCACAAAGUGCAGGAAGGGGAAAAGCAGGCCAUGAAGAACUACGGCCGGAAAAUGCACCAGCAGAUUGAUGAGCUGGUCAUGCGCAUCACCACGCCCUUAAGCAGAAACGACAGAAAGAAAUACAACACUGUUCUCAUCAUCGACGUGCACGCCAGAGAUAUCGUGGAUUCUUUCAUAAGGGGCAGCAUUCUUGAGGCCCAGGAGUUUGAAUGGGAAAGUCAGCUGCGGUUUUACUGGGACCGAGAACCGGACCAACUGAACAUCCGUCAGUGCACGGGGACCUUCAGCUAUGGCUACGAGUACAUGGGCCUGAACGGGAGAUUGGUCAUCACGCCCCUCACGGACCGGAUUUACCUGACUCUGACGCAGGCACUGUCCAUGUAUCUGGGUGGGGCCCCUGCUGGCCCAGCAGGUACUGGCAAAACCGAGACCACCAAGGACCUGGCCAAAGCCCUGGGCUUGCUCUGUGUUGUAACCAACUGUGGCGAAGGCAUGGAUUACAAAGCGGUCGGGAAGAUUUUCUCUGGCCUUGCGCAGUGUGGGGCUUGGGGCUGCUUCGAUGAGUUCAAUCGCAUUGAUGCCUCUGUACUGUCAGUCAUCUCAUCUCAGAUCCAGACCAUCCGAAACGCCCUGAUCCAUCAGCUGUCCACUUUCCAGUUUGAAGGGCAUGAGAUCUCACUGGACCCACGAAUGGGCAUCUUCAUCACCAUGAACCCCGGCUAUGCAGGCCGCACGGAGCUGCCCGAGUCGGUGAAGGCGCUCUUCAGGCCGGUGGUGGUGAUCGUGCCCGACUUGCAGCAGAUCUGCGAGAUCAUGCUCUUCUCCGAGGGCUUCCUCUGGGCCAAGACUCUGGCCAAAAAGAUGACUGUUCUGUAUAAGCUUGCCCGGGAGCAGCUCUCCAAGCAGCAUCAUUAUGAUUUUGGACUCAGAGCCCUGAAAUCAGUGCUGGUGAUGGCUGGUGAGCUGAAGAGAGGUUCUUCGGAACUUAAAGAGGACGUGGUGCUCAUGAGGGCCCUUCGAGACAUGAAUCUCCCCAAGUUCGUGUUUGAAGACGUCCCUCUUUUCCUUGGUUUGAUCUCUGACCUAUUUCCCGGGCUCGACUGCCCGCGCGUUCGCUACCCCAAUUUCAACGAUGCAGUGGAACAAGUGCUGGAGGAGAAUGGCUUUGUCAUCCUGCCUGUCCAGGUGGACAAGGUGGUUCAGAUGUUCGAGACCAUGUUAACCCGCCACACGACAAUGGUGGUGGGGCCCACGGGCGGGGGCAAGUCCGUGGUCAUUAAUACUCUGUGUCACGCUCAGACCAAGCUUGGGCUGAUGACAAAGCUGUACAUCCUGAACCCCAAAGCCGUGAGUGUUAUAGAGCUGUACGGUGUCCUGGACCCCACCACCCGAGAUUGGACAGAUGGGGUGCUAUCUAACAUCUUCAGGGAGAUCAACAAACCCACGGAUAAGAAGGAGCGCAAGUACAUUUUGUUUGAUGGCGAUGUGGACGCCCUGUGGGUGGAAAACAUGAAUUCUGUGAUGGACGACAACAAGCUGCUGACGUUGGCCAACGGUGAGCGCAUUCGGCUUCAGACUCACUGUGCUCUGCUCUUUGAGGUUGGAGAUUUACAGUAUGCCUCCCCUGCGACUGUGUCUCGAUGUGGAAUGGUGUAUGUGGAUCCUAAAAACUUGAAAUAUCAACCAUACUGGAAAAAAUGGGUUAAUCAAAUACAAAACAAGGCAGAGCAAGGCGAUUUGCAGAAUCUCUUUGAGAAAUACGUGCCCUAUCUCAUUGACAUGAUAGUGGAAGGAAUAGUGGAUGGAAGACAAGGAGAAAAGCUGAAGACAAUAGUUCCUCAGACAGACCUCAAUAUGGUCACGCAGUUAACCAAGAUGUUGGAUGUGUUACUAGAAGGAGAAAUAGAGGACCCCGAUCUUCUGGAGUGCUACUUCUUAGAGGCUCUGUACUGCUCUCUGGGUGCUGCCCUGCUGGACGAUGGGAGGAUUAAAUUUGAUGAAUGCAUUAAACGCCUUGCUUCUUUGCCUUUUGCUGAUACGGAAGGGGUUUGGGCCAAUCCCGGGGAAUUGCCAGGUCACCUUCCAACCUUGUAUGACUUUCAUUUUGAUCCUGCACAGAAGAAAUGGAUACCGUGGAAUAAAUUAGUCCCGGAGUAUCUUCACGUCCGUGAGAGGAAAUUUAAUGACAUCCUGGUUCACACAGUGGACACAACCCGUAUUUCCUGGGUGCUGGAGCAGAUGGUGAAGAUGAAACAGCCCGUUAUCUUGGUUGGUGAAUCUGGCACCUCGAAGACUGCCACUACCCAGAACUUCCUCAAACAUCUGAGCAAAGAGGCGCACAUUGUGUUAACGGUCUAUUUCUCCUCCCGCACCACGUCCCUGGAUAUCCAAAGAAAUUUAGAAGCAAAUGUGGAAAAACGAACCAAAGACACUUACGGCCCCCCCAUGGGGAAACGCCUCCUGGUUUUCAUGGAUGACAUGAAUAUGCCAAAGGUGGAUGAGUAUGGCACACAGCAGCCGAUUGCCUUGCUGAAACUGCUGUUGGAAAAAGGCUACUUAUACGACCGUGGGAAGGAGCUGAACUGCAAAAGCAUUCGCGACCUUGGCUUUAUUGCUGCAAUGGGAAAAGCUGGAGGAGGCCGCAAUGAAGUGGAUCCGAGAUUUAUGUCACUGUUCACUGUCUUCACUGUCCCGUUUCCGUCGCAGGAGUCUUUGCAUUUAAUUUAUUUCUCCAUAUUGAAAGGCCAUACCUCGGUGUUUCACGAGAGCAUCGUGGCUGUGAGUGACAAGUUGACACGCUGCACGUUGGCACUUUACAAGAACAUUGUACAGGACCUGCCUCCUACCCCCUCCAAGUUCCAUUAUAUCUUUAACCUUCGAGAUCUCUCGCGGGUGUUUAACGGGCUUCUCCUCACUAACCCAGAGCGGUUCCAGACGGUGACCCAGAUGCUGAGAGUCUGGAGGAAUGAAUGUCUGAGAGUUUUCCACGACCGAUUAAUAAGUGAGACAGAUAAGCGGCUGGUACAAGAGCACAUAUCAAACUUGGUUAUGGAACAUUUCACCAAUGACGUGGAGGCGGUGAUGAGGGAUCCCAUCCUGUUUGGAGACUUCCGGAUGGCUCUGCAUGAAGAGGAAACACGCAUUUAUGAAGACAUCCAGGAUUACGAGGCGGCCAAGGCUUUGUUCCAGGAAAUCCUCGAGGAGUACAAUGAAAGCAACACCAAGAUGAACCUGGUGCUCUUCGACGAUGCCCUGGAACACCUGACCCGCGUGCACCGCAUCAUUCGCUUGGACAGUGGCCACGCCCUGCUGGUGGGCGUCGGGGGCUCCGGGAAGCAGUCUCUGGCCAGGCUGGCGGCCUUCACAGCCGGCUACGAGGUAUUUGAGAUCCUUCUGAGCAGAGGUUACUCAGAGAACAAUUUCCGGGAAGAUCUGAAGAAUCUUUAUCUGAAACUUGGCAUUGAGAACAAAAUGAUGAUCUUCCUGUUCACGGAUGCCCACGUGGCCGAAGAGGGUUUCCUGGAGCUCAUCAACAACAUGCUGACUUCAGGAAUCGUACCUGCGCUUUUUCCCGAAGAUGAAAAGGAAUCUAUCCUCAGUCAGAUUGGACAAGAAGCUAUGAAGCAAGGGGUGGGCCCGGCCAAGGAGUCUGUGUGGCAGUACUUUGUGAACAAGAGUGCCAGCAACCUGCACAUCGUUCUGGGCAUGUCGCCGGUGGGGGACACCUUGAGGACCCGGUGCAGAAAUUUCCCAGGGAUAGUAAACAACACUGGCAUCGACUGGUUCAUGCCCUGGCCCCCCCAAGCCCUGCAUGCAGUCGCCAAGUCAUUUUUAGGGAAUAAUCCGAUGAUCCCAGUAGAAAAUAUAGAAGGUCUGGUAGAACAUGUGGUUUUGGUCCACGAAUCCGUGGGUGAAUUCAGCACACAAUUUCUACAGAAACUGAGGCGCAGCAACUAUGUAACUCCCAAGAAUUACCUUGAUUUUAUUAACACGUACUCGAAAUUACUGGAUGAGAAAACUCAGUAUAAUAUAGCUCAGUGCAAGCGUCUGGAGGGGGGGCUGGACAAGCUGAAGGAGGCCACCAUUCAGCUGGACGAGCUGAACCUGAAGCUGGCCGAGCAGAAGGUCGUGCUGGCAGAGAAGUCCGCUGCCUGCGAGGCUCUGCUGGAGGAGAUCUCCACCAACACGGCCAUAGCGGAGGAGAAGAAGAAGCUUGCGGAAGAAAAAGCCAUGGAGAUAGAGGAGCAGAACAAGAUCAUCGCAGUGGAGAAGGCUGAGGCCGAGAUGGCUCUCGCCGAGGUCAUGCCUGUCCUAGAGGCCGCCAAGCUGGAGCUGCAGAAGCUGGACAAGUCAGAUGUGACCGAGAUACGGUCCUUCGCAAAGCCCCCGAAGCAGGUGCAGACGGUGUGUGAGUGCAUCCUGAUCAUGAAGGGGUACAAAGAGCUCAACUGGAAGACCGCCAAGGGCAUGAUGUCCGACUCCAAUUUCCUGCGCUCACUGAUGGAGAUGGAUUUUGAUGCGAUCACCCAGAGCCAAGUUAAAAAUAUCAGAGUCCUCUUGAAGACUCUCAACACCACGACUGAAGAAAUGGAAGCUGUGAGCAAAGCGGGCCUGGGAAUGCUGAAAUUUGUCGAAGCCGUAAUGGGCUACUGUGAGGUUUUCAGAGAAAUCAAGCCCAAAAGAGAGAAGGUGGCCAGGCUGGAGCGGAAUUUCUACCUCACAAAACGUGAGCUAGAAAGGAUCCAGAAUGAGUUGGCAGCGAUCCAGAGGGAACUGGAAGCGUUGGGGAGCAAAUACGAGGCCGCCAUCCUGGAAAAGCAGAAGCUGCAGGAAGAAGCUGAAAUCAUGGAGCGGCGGCUGAUCGCAGCCGACAAGCUCAUCUCAGGGCUGGGGUCUGAGAACAUCAGGUGGCUGAAGGAUUUGAACGAGCUGAUGCACCGGCGGGUGAAGUUGCUGGGGGACUGCCUGCUAUGCUCGGCGUUCCUGAGCUACGAAGGUGCCUUCACGUGGGAGUUCCGUGACGAAAUGGUCAAUCAAGUGUGGCAGCACGAUAUCCUGGAGCGGGGCAUUCCCCUGAGCCAGCCUUUUCGAUUAGAAAACCUGCUCACAGAUGAUGUUGAGAUCAGCAGGUGGGGCUCCCAGGGCCUGCCCCCCGACGAGCUGUCCAUUCAGAACGGCAUCCUCACCACCCGGGCCAGCCGCUUCCCUCUCUGCAUCGACCCCCAGCAGCAGGCCCUCAACUGGAUAAAGAGGAGAGAAGAGAAGAACAACCUUCGGGUCGCUUCCUUCAAUGACCCCGACUUCCUCAAGCAGCUGGAGAUGUCCAUAAAGUACGGGACCCCCUUCCUGUUCCACGAUGUGGAUGAGUACAUCGACCCCGUGAUUGACAACGUCCUGGAGAAGAACAUCGUCGUCUCCCAGGGCCGGCAGUUCAUCAUCCUGGGAGACAAGGAAGUGGACUACGACUCCAAUUUCAGGCUCUAUCUGGACACCAAGCUGGCCAACCCCACAUACGGCCCGUCCGUGUUUGGGAAAGCCAUGGUGAUCAAUUACACGGUCACGCUGAAGGGCCUGGAGGACCAGCUGCUUAGCGUGCUGGUGGCCUACGAGAGGCACGAGCUGGAGGAGCAGAGGGAGCACCUAAUCCAGGAGACGAGCGAGAACAAGAACCUGCUGAAGGAUCUGGAGGACUCCCUCCUUCGGGAACUGGCGACCUCCACGGGGAACAUGCUAGACAACGUGGACCUGGUAUACACGCUGGAGGAGACCAAGUCCAAAGCCACGGAGGUGUCAGAGAAGCUCAAGCUGGCAGAGAAGACAGCCUUGGACAUCGAUAGGCUGCGGGACGGCUACCGGCCGGCCGCCAGGCGGGGGGCCAUCCUGUUCUUCGUGCUGUCUGAGAUGGCGCUCGUCAACGCCAUGUACCAGUACUCCCUGAGCGCCUUCCUCGACGUCUUCGGGUUGUCCCUUAAGAAGUCGCUGCCUGACUCCGUUCUUAUGAAGCGAUUAAGGAACAUCAUGGACACACUGACCUUCAACAUCUAUAACUAUGGUUGCACCGGGUUGUUUGAGAAGCACAAGUUACUCUUUUCUUUCAAUAUGACAAUCAAGAUAGAACAAGCAGAAGGGAGAGUCCCCCAGGAAGAAUUAGAUUUCUUUUUAAAAGGAAACAUUUCCCUGGAGAAAAGCAAACGAAAAAAGCCCUGUGUUUGGUUGUCCGACCAGGGAUGGGAAGAUAUCAUUCUUCUAUCAGAAAUGUUUUCAGACAACUUUGGGAGUCUUCCUGAUGAUGUUGAGAAACAUCUGUCUGUCUGGCAGGAGUGGUAUGACCUGGAUUCGCUUGAGCAGUUUCCAUUCCCCUUGGGGUACGAUAAAAACAUCACCCCUUUCCAGAAGUUGCUUGUUUUGCGCUGUUUCCGUGUGGAUCGGGUGUAUCGGGCCGUGACCGACUAUGUGACUGUAACAAUGGGAGAGAAGUACGUGCAGCCCCCCGUGAUCAGCUUCGAAGCCGUCCUCGAGCAGAGCACUCCAAACUCGCCCAUCGUGUUCAUCCUGAGCCCGGGCUCCGACCCUGCCAGUGACCUUAUGAAACUAGCCGAGCGCAGUGGUUUUGGGGGAAACCGCCUCAAGUUUCUGGCCAUGGGUCAAGGUCAAGAAAAGCUGGCUCUGCAGCUGCUGGAGACGGCGGUGGGUCGCGGGCAGUGGCUCAUGCUACAGAACUGCCAUCUCCUGGUCAAGUGGCUGAAGGACCUGGAGAAGUCCCUGGAGAGGGUCACCAAGCCCCACCCAGACUUCCGCCUGUGGCUCACCACGGACCCCACCAGGGGCUUCCCCAUCGGGAUUCUGCAGAAGUCCUUGAAGGUUGUCACAGAGCCACCCAACGGGCUGAAACUCAAUCUGAGAGCAACUUACUUCAGGAUCCCUCAUGACAUGCUGGAGCAGUGUCCACACCCUGCAUUCAAGCCCCUGGUGUACGUGUUGGCGUUCUUCCACGCGGUGGUGCAGGAGAGAAGAAAGUUCGGGAAGAUCGGCUGGAACGUGUACUACGACUUCAACGAGUGUGACUUCCAGGUCUGCAUGGAAAUUCUGAACACGUACUUAACCAAAACCUUCCAGCAACAUGACCCUCGGAUCCCAUGGGGCAGCCUCAAGUACCUGAUUGGAGAGGUCAUGUAUGGAGGACGGGCCAUCGACAGCUUCGAUCGGCGCAUCCUGACCAUCUACAUGGAUGAGUACCUGGGAGACUUCAUCUUUGACACUUUCCAGCCCUUCCACUUCUUCCGGAACAAGGAGGUGGACUAUAAAAUCCCUCGCGGUGACGUCAAGGAAAAAUUCGUUGAGGCCAUCGAGGCCCUCCCGCUGGCCAACACACCUGAAGUGUUCGGUCUUCAUUCCAACGCCGAGAUCGGCUAUUACACUCAGGCUGCUCGAGACAUGUGGGCUCACCUGCUGCAGCUGCAGCCCCAGACAGGGGAGUCCAGCAGUGGCAUCAGCCGAGAUGACUACAUUGGCCAGGUGGCCAAGGACAUAGAAAACAAGAUGCCCAAAAUCUUCGACUUGGACCAGGUCAGGAAGCACCUGGGGAUGGCAAUGUCGCCCACGUCGGUGGUGCUCCUGCAGGAGCUGGAACGCUUUAACAAGCUCGUCAUCCGCAUGUCCAGGUCCCUGGCCGAACUGCAGAGGGCCUUGGCUGGAGAAGUUGGAAUGAGCAGCGAGUUAGAUGAUGUUGCCAGGUCCCUUUUUCUCGGGCAGAUCCCUAACAUCUGGAGAAAGCUCGCCCCUGACACCCUGAAGUCCCUUGGAAACUGGAUGGUCUACUUUCUGCGGCGGUUCAGCCAGUACACGUCGUGGGUCACUGAGGGUGAGCCCAACGUGAUAUGGCUCUCGGGGCUGCAUAUCCCAGAAUCCUACCUCACGGCCCUGGUGCAGGCCACCUGCCGGAGGAACGGCUGGCCACUGGACCGCUCCACCUUGUUCACGCAAGUGACCAACUUCCAAGAUGCCGAUGAAGUGAGCGAGCGGGCAGGACAAGGAUGCUUUGUGUCGGGACUGUAUCUGGAAGGUGCCGACUGGGACAUCGAAAGAGGCUGUCUCGUCAAGAGCAAAGCCAAGGUGCUGGUUGUGGACCUGCCCAUCCUGAAGGUCAUCCCCAUUGAGGCCCAUCGCCUCAAACUGCAGAAUACCUUCCGGACGCCAGUCUACACCACCUCCACCAGAAGGAAUGCCAUGGGGGUUGGCUUGGUCUUUGAGGCCGAUCUCUUCACCACGAAGCACAUUUCUCACUGGGUGCUGCAAGGGGUCUGUCUCACCCUGAAUUCUGAUUAACCCGCUGGCUGAAGGGCAUUCGUGAACAAUGAUCAAGUCUGAGGUCACUUCUUGGGGCCUCUCAGGAGGCAGGAGGGGACUGACGACUUUCCUUUUCGUUUGAAAUAAGCCAUUUUAAUCUCUUUCUACAUAAGUUAACCUGAAUGGUUUGGUUUUUGAAGCUUUUUUUAAGAAUACAAAAAAAGUAAAUUUAAUA